AUGGAUAAGAUGUCGGCAGGUUCCGCGGUGGCGAUGAUAGGGGCGAACCUCCGUUUCGGGUCAGCGGGCGCCACGAACGCUUCAAUAGUCAACAACACUAGGCAUUGCCCCCCGGGGGGUGCUGCCAGCGCCGCAGCGCUUUUGGCUCUCUCCAGCCUCGGCAUGUCCGCUAAUAUAGCUCUGAUGGCGGUUAUCCUGAGCAAAAAGCAGCUGAGAAGGUGGUCUCAUGGCUUGCUUUUCCAUCAAGCUGUAGUGGACUGCGCGCGCGCUGCUAUACUGCUACCACUGGGAAUUGCUGUAUUCCGAUGUCAACCCGUCUACAAAUGCUCUUUGGUGGAAACGGCUUUUCUCUUACUGGUAACAGUAUCAACGGUUAACAUGUUAACAACGGUCCUAAACGACAGCCCUAUAUUCCCGGAGAAUGAGGAGGAGCAAGCAGACCUCUCUGCGCCUCUGCUUAUGGACAGUCCACAGUGCGUCCUUUUCGGUACAUUCAUGAUAUGGUUCGCAUCGAUCACCAUCAAUCUGGGACCGACGUUCCUCUCUGGGGCUCUAGCUGCCAGUGCAGGGUCUUAUGGGUCUUACGGACCUUCGCCGUCGUGCCCCUUAGUGAGAGGACCCUUCAGACAUUAUGUACUCAACGCUUUAUGGAUUGGAGUAAACGCAGUGUGUGUAGGCCUGACUCUCUUCCAUUUGAAGAAGUUACACCGGGAUUUGACUAAGGCUAACGUAGAGGCAGUUCGUGUAGCUGGUUUAGUGACCACGCUGGUCAGCAUGGCUGGCGACAAUCGUCGGAUGGACAACCUUCCAAACAGCGUGGGACCCAGGACCGUUGAUGGCACGCUAGCUGAUGGCCACUGCCGGCCAACUGGCAGUGCCAACCUGCCAUUGGGCGGUGGUCGCAGAUUGAGAGGAUAUCUUGCGAGAGUGGAAAGAGAAGGAGUGCGAAGAGUUAGGAUGUUCCUGGUGAUAACAGCUGCGUAUGUGCUGUUCUGGGGUCCUUUGUUUAUUAUUACCCUUUUGCACCAUCCUGCUCUAACAUCUCAUGUGGCAUAUGAGCUGUACUUCCAAAUUACUCUCCACAUAUCGUAUGUCCACGCGGCUGUCAAUCCCCUGCUAUUCAUCGCGCUACAUCGAGCUUUGCGUCGUGCUGCGCUGCAGCUCUGCUGUGGCUGCUGCGUACAUUGGAGUCAGUUUGUGCUCGCCUUGACAGCAGCUGCUCAAUCACCCCUGGCUCCAUCAUCGUUCUCACCAGCGGCCGCUUCACCAGAACCGCCGCCGGCCCCCCCUCCUCCCAUGGCGCCCCCCGCGCCUCCCGCACCGCACCCCGCGCCUCACACGAUGAUGAGUUGGGAAGUUGAGGAGUGUGACGCUGAAAGUAUGUCGAGUACACGUAUACAGGGAGACGAGGAUAUGAUGGAGUGGAGCAGUGUUCGGAGACCACGCUCGCCGAGCCCUCUACUGCCUGCGAUAUAA